AUGAAGAGCUCUUUGUUGCUGUGCGUGGCCGUGGCUGGCUCCUUGGGGAUCGCUCUUGUGGCAGGCUAUCCAUGGUACUCUGAGGACAAGGAGCAUGUGCUGGUCAAUAACAAGUGUCAGUGUGUGACAGUGACCUCCAAAUUAGUCCCCUCCAAAGAAAACCCUGAUGAAGAAGUCGUGGAGAGAAACAUCCGCAUCAUAGUACCCCUGAAGGCUCGAGAGAACAUCUCUGACCCCCUGUCCCCACUCAGAACCACUUUUGUCUACCGCAUGACUGAGCUCUGCAGAAGGUGUGACCCUGUGGAGAUUGAGCUGGAUGGAGAGAUAUACCAGGCCCAGCAGAGCACCUUCUGUGACCAGCCUGAAACCUGCUACACCUAUAACAGGGACAAGUGCUACACCUCAACCUUCCCAUUCCGCUACCAAGGGGAGACCAGAAGAGUCCAAGCAGCCCUGACCCCUGCCUCCUGCUAUGCCGAUUAG